CCACGACCAAGAUUGCUUGUGUGCAAAGCUUGGCUUCACACCUGGGAUGUAUUGCCAUUGAACAACCCUGCUAUACCAUCCCUGAUAGGAUGAAGUGUCGGCUUUUUGCAUGCAUUAUCCCGUAUUAAUCAGAAAUGAUGCUACUUCUCAGGCACCACAGCUAGUACUUUCCACUCAUUCCACUCGUCUUUCAGGGCCCUUUUUCAGGGUCGAUAGUAUAAAUAGAUAUCGACUAAGAAUACCGAGUAUGGAGCUCCAUACCAAAUUUCAGAAUAGCUUUACCCUUGUCGCUCUGCAGUUCUCCAUCCUCGUCGCCGGCUUUGUAUCCAUGAUCCAGUUGAAGUUACUCGUCUUGGUGGUGAACACCCACUGGAGGCAAUAUAUAUAUCCGGCAUCCCUGCGGAACAGCCACACUGGGUGGAUGACCGAGACAUCCACCCCAAAAAUAGCACCAGAACCCUGCUCGAGACGGCACAAUCUACAAUUUGUGUCUUUUGAGAGCCUACCACCCCCUUUAUGUGCUCAGUUCUACUCGUCCUGAGCUUGGCCAUGACUGCGCAGUGUGAAGAUGUCAAAUGUCCGAAUAUGCGUGAGACAUGGACGGUCACGGAGCGCCACGCCCAUGGGUGAUCCGCCCGCGUGUGGAGCCAGCCAGUCGAACGCUGGGAACGUCUCGACUCAGUUCCCAACUAGUCGGACAGUUAGUUCGUAAUCCACCACCACUGUGGUGCCUCAGGCGAAGGGAUGAGUCCUGGAAGACUAUUUACCCCCUUCGCUUGGAGAUUGGACCAUUGCUCCAUAAUAAUCCUAUUGCCAAGAUAACAUUUAAUUCUCUGCCCUGAGAGGAGGACCGAACACAUGGGUAUAUAAGAAGAGGAAGAGGAACAGGACGUUAGGAGUAUUU